AGUCCAUUAAGUUUUUUUUUUUUUUUUUUUUUUUUUUCUGUCUCUGUAAGUUACUGCAUUGAAGUCAGAGUAUAAAAGAGGAAAACUCUCAUUAAUUCUUAAUGGUCUGCUUAAAUACCAAAAAAAAAAAAUAUCCUAAUGGCCUUGAAAGAAAACAAAAAUCAUUCUUUAAUUUACUUGGUUAAUAUGCUAAAAGUAGUUUUCUUGAGCAUAAAGAAAUGUUACCUGAAUACACAAAGAAAGGAAACUUUAGCAUAUGAACCAAAUAAUAAAAAGAAAGAUUCCUCCUUAAGGAGGAAACCUAGAAGAAACCCUUAAGGCCAACUUUCAGUCCAUUGAUUUCUCUUUUGGAUGCAUAUAUAUAUAUACAUAUAUAUGUAUAUAUAGAUACAUAUAUGUGUAAUAUAUAAGAGAGAAAGGAGAAGCUUUUAUUCCAGUCAACAAAAACUUCACACCUGUUUCAAAACCUACAAGAAGAAAAAUUAACAAAAAGCCUCUCCAAUGGCAAACAAGAUUCAACCUGAUCUCAAGCGCUCUUAUGAAGAUUUUGAGCCAUUUUGCCAGUGGAAAAGAGACAACGAACGUGACAUUCUUGAGGUUCAUCUUGAAGGAUUCAAAAAAGAACAACUGAGGGUUCAAUUCAACAACAGUGGCAUCCUGACAAUUACUGGAGAAAAACCUAUUGAUGAAACUAAAUGCAGCAGAUUCAAAAAAGAGAUUAAUAUCGCUAAAGACAGUGAUUCUAAUAAAAUUCGUGCCAAGUUGUCCCGCGGUGUUCUUCUGAUAACUAUACCUAAAAUAACUUCAAUGUCCUCAAAACAAGCUGCUGUUGAUCCUGCAUCUGCAGCCACUGAGGAGAAUAUUCAAGCCAAAGAAAAUGCUUUAUCUUCUGGCUUGAGAAAUGCAAUCUCGAGUCUAAAGUUGAGCAGAAAAAUGGCUUUGAAUGUUUUGGUGGUGGCCGCAACAUUUGCUAUAAUUGGUGUUGGAAGUUAUGUAUCAUGGAAAUGUCUAAAACCUGCUCCUACUGAUGAAACAUGACUAAUGAAAACAUGAAAGUCAUUUCUGUUCCUUGAUUUAAUGUUACUAUUAGGAAUGAAUCUGUCAAUAUGUAAAUUCGUACAUAUUAAUAUACUGUAAUUUCUUAUUUAAGUAGCUAUUAAUUAAUUACAGGACAGAUUUUAUCUGUAUAAAUGUUAAUUACAACAUUUAUGAGAAUUGUCUAAGUUUGCACCACAUUUUCUUAAACGGUAUCAGAGCCACACGCUUAAC